AUGGCGCAAGAAGUGUUGGCUUCGCGGGCAAGGGGCUGCAUGCUCGGGAUCAUGGUGGGCGAUGCGCUCGGCGCUGCCUUCGAAGGCCGCAGCCGCGAGCUCAUCCGCCAGUUUGCGCAGCAAGAGUGGCGGACAACGCUGGUGCAGGGCUUCGUCCGAGCAGUGCACAUGGGGACCUACACUUCCAUGAGUGGGACCUUCAAGGGCCCGUUUCAGGUGGCCCGCGGCGUUGAUGACAUGGCCUUUCUUCCGCCGGGCAUGGACCUGCCCAUGGACGUGCUUGACCAGUGCGGCCGCCAGGGGAUGUACACGGAUGACACCUGUGCCUGCCUAGCGGUAGCGGGCUCACUGGUGGAGUGCAGCAAGGUCGAUGCGGCGCACGUCGCACGCAGGUGUGCCGAGUUCUUCCGUGACAACGAGCACUUCCGGGGCUCCCCACCCACUGCUAAGAAGGUGAACGCAGCUUGCUUGGAAGGUGUGCCCGUGGAGCUGACGGGCCUGCCUCCCUACUUCCGCUUCGAGGGAGGCUCCUUCGCCAACGGGGGAGCCAUGCGCAUCUCCCCCCUGGCGCUGGCCUACCGGAACGCGAGCCACGUCCCACUCCGCGUGGCGGUGGAGCAGGCGAUCCUCGGUACGCAUCGUCACGUUGAGGCCGUGGACUUCGCGACGCUCCAGGCGGCAGCUGUUCAGUAUGCCCUGCUCCACAGCCCAGAAACCUUUUCUGCAGACGAGCUUCUGACCAACCUCCGUGACCUCUGCGAAUCCAAGGACAUGCUAGAGACUAUGAAGGCGAUCUCCCGUGCAGUGCGUUUCGUGAACAUGGCCGAUGCAGAUGACCACGGAAUCUUGGGCCCCAUCCUUGGCAAGCACAAGAGGCCGGGUAGUGGUUUGGAGUUCCAGCUUGCAAGCAUUCACAUGGCCCCGUGUGUGUUCUGGCUAGUCUGUCGCCAUUACAAGGACCCGCGACGCGCUAUACAGGCAGCCAUAGACCUGGGUGGAGAUACAGACACCACUGCCUCAAUGGUAGGCGCGAUCGUUGGCGCUUUGCAUGGCGACGGGUGGUGUGCUGACUGGGCCGAAUCCCUAGAGAACGGAGUUCACGGGCGCGACUAUGCGCUUCGACUGGCAGAGCAGCUCGUGGAGCUGGACCUGUAG